UGGAGUUCAUCCUCCAGUCACGGUGACACGGCGCUAAUUAACUCCACUACGCCGUACAGCACACGUGCGCUUAGUUUAGACGCCUUUCACUGGGGAACUUGUCAACACACUGUUGGAAGCAAUAAGCUUUAGCACAUAGUACUCGUUCAGCUAUCGCUUCCACAAUGUUCAUUACAGAUGUGGACGGAGAAGGCAGUAUAAAAGAUUGCAGUAAAUGACUACUUGGAUGAAAAGCUGGCCCUCGUGAAAUCUAACGACACCAAGGAAGGAAAUCAUUCUGUCAUCUGCUCUUCACAAUAAAUAUAGACAAUAGUGUGCGUGUCCUAGGAAACACAAGGAGGAGAAGCUGCUGGGAAGACAUGCUGUAAUUCAUUUAUGGAAAUAAAGUGAAGCGAGACAUACCUGCGUUAGACCUGCAUUUACCUUGUUGAUAUUCCUCCAUCUUGUGCAAAACUCGAUUCCCUUAAAGGCUGAGGAUACAUCUCAAACACGAAAGACAUGUCAAUAGGACUAAAGCAAGUAUUUAACAAGGACAAGACAUUUCGACCCAAGAGAAAGUUUGACCCUGGCACACAAAGGUUUGAGUUACACAAACGGGCUCAGGCAUCGCUGAGCUCCGGAGUUGACUUGAAGGCUACGGUUCAGCUGCCCAAUGGAGAGGACCUCAAUGACUGGGUGGCUGUUCAUGUGGUUGACUUUUUCAAUAGGAUUAACCUCAUCUACGGUACCAUUUGUGACUCCUGCACAGAGACCACGUGUCCUGUUAUGUCUGGGGGUCCAAAAUAUGAGUAUAGAUGGCAAGAUGACCUGAAAUACAAGAAACCUACUGCCUUACCAGCACCUCGUUAUAUGAACCUACUCAUGGACUGGAUUGAAGUGCAAAUUAACAAUGAAGAUAUCUUUCCUACUAGUGUGGGAGUUCCUUUUCCAAAGAAUUUCCUGCAGAUCUGCAAGAAGAUACUGUGCAGACUAUUCCGUGUAUUCGUCCAUGUAUACAUUCAUCACUUUGACCGCAUCAUAAUCAUGGGAGCAGAAGCACACGUCAAUACCUGCUACAAACACUUUUACUACUUUGUGACAGAAUUGAACCUCAUAGACCGGAAGGAGCUAGAACCAUUGAAAGAAAUGACAGUGCGGAUGUGCCAGUGAAGGUCGAUGUCGCCUGAUGUCAGAGGAACUGUCAGCUUCUUCAUUAUAACAUAUGAUUAAUCUGUGGAUGACCUAAAUGUAACUGUCAACGUGGACUGAAAAGCAUACGGCUUCUUCCAUUCCUGGAUCUCUCCCAGUUUCUGAACUCCACCAAUGCUGCUAAGACGACUCUGUGGAUGGGUGUCAUGGGACCAUUUCACAUUCUCUCCAUGGAUGACCCAUGACAAGAACUACAUUAUAUUAUGCCCAAAAAUGUUGCUGCAUAGCAUGACCAAACUUCAGGGUUUCACAGAUGAAUUUUUACUAUUUUUAAUUAACUGAUUUUUACUAAUGUCAAAUUACAUCUUUCUAUUUUACGUAGAACACUUUUUACUACUUACAGGGCUUUUAGAAUUUUUAUUAAGGACCAGUGAUGAUUAAUUUUAUAUCUUGGAAAUCUGGAUAAGAGUUUUAAAUUUGAAUUUAGAGGUUUGUUUAAUAAUAGUGUGAUUAACGGUACAAUGGACAGAUGUAGUGUAAUAAAAGCUCUCUGUGUUCUUGUAGUGCCUCA